AAGGUAUGGUACCAGAAGGCAUGGUACCAGAAGGUAUGGUACCAGAAGGUAUGGUACCAUAAGGUAUGGUACCAGAAGGCAUGGUACCAGAAGGUAUGGUACCAGAAGGCAUGGUACCAGAAGGCAUGGUACAAGAAGGUAUAGUACCAGAAGGUAUAGUACCAGAAGGCAUGGUUCCAGAAGGUAUAGUACCAGAAGGCAUGGUACCAGAAGGUAUAGUACUAGAAGGCAUGGUACCAGAAGGUAUGGUACCAGAAGGCAUGGUGCCAGAAGGUAUGGUACUAGAGGGUAUGGUACCAGAAGGCAUGGUACCAGAAUGUAUAGUACCAGAAGGCAUGGUACUAGAAGGUAUAGUACCAGAAGGUAUGGCACCAGAAGGCAUCUUACCAGAAGGCAUAGUACCGGAAAAAAUAGUACCAGAAGGAAUUGUACCAGAAGGUAUGGUACUAAAAGGCAUGGUACCAGAAGGCAUUGUACCAGACGGCGUACUAGAAGGCAUAGUACCGGAAGGCAUGGUACCAAUAGGUAUAGUAGCAGAAGGUAUGGCACCAGAAGGCAUCUUACCAGAGGGCAUAUUACCAGAAGGCAUAGUAACAGAAGGCAUUGUACCAGAAGGUAUGGUACCAGAAGGCAUGGUACUAGAAGGUAUGGUACCAGAAGGAAUUGUACCAGAAGGUAUGGUACCAGAAGGUAUUGUACCAGAAGGUAUGGUACCAGAAGGUAUGGUACCAGAAGGCAUGGUAUCAGAAGGCAUGGUACCAGAAGGUAUGGUACAAGAAAGCAUGGUACUAGAAGGUAUGGUACCAGAAGGUAUGGUACCAGAAGGCAUGGUACCAGAAUGUAUGGUACCAGAAGGUAUGGUACCAAAAAGCAUGGUACCAGAAGGUAUGGCACCGGAAGGUAUGGUACCAGAAUUGAAAGGCAAGUGCCGACCAAUACGAAGAUGAUGGGCACAUCAUAUAAGUUACUGAAUAUGACAGUACAUGAGGUGAGGGAGGUGGCGAGAUACCUAGUUUCUUUCAGGCAGACCGUGAUGACCACAACGUUCUGCAAAGGCACAAAGGGACUGCUACAUGAUGGUGAUGAUGAUGAUGAUGAUGAUGGUGAAUAUUUACGACAUAAAAAGUUAAGUAACGCCAAUAUGGCACUAAAAGCGUUAACAUUGCCGUUGAAUAUUUUCUUUGUCUGUGGCACAACAUCAAUUGUUCCCUGUGAGAUAACAUCAUCGUCUCCCUUAUCUCCCUCCCCGGAUUUGUUAUUCCGCCAACAUUAA